CGGAGAGAACAAGCAAGGGCAUUCAGGUCAAACCGCUUUAAAAUAUCAACCCCGUUCUCCCGUCUUUUAAGACCUGAAUCCCAUAAGCUACGUCUCGAGAAGUCAGAUUCAAACCCGCUUUGACGAACAAAGGAAUCAAUAUGGACGCCAUCGACUCCGUCUUCGAUCCACUCAGAGAGUUCGCCAAGGAUAGCGUACGCCUUGUCAAACGCUGUCACAAACCCGAUCGCAAAGAAUUCACCAAGGUUGCCUUCCGCACGGCCAUCGGAUUCGUGGUGAUGGGAUUCGUUGGUUUCUUUGUGAAAUUGAUCUUCAUUCCAAUCAAUAAUAUCAUUGUUGGAUCUAGUUAGAUCAGAGAAUAUUGAUCGGUAGCAUGGACAGGCUGGUUGAUUAGUUUGAUUACAAUGUCCUGACUCCAGAGAACACAUACAAAUUAGGGGAAAAGGAUACUGUUAGUGUUCAUGUAGCUUUUUCAUUUUUUGUUUGUCUGAGACUAAGAUAAAGGAUAUUGUCUGCAAUUUUUAGUCAGUUCCCUAGUUUCUUUUCUUUGCUUUCCUAGUUGGAUUUAUCCCACAAAUACGAUAAUCUGUUUACUCAAAUUCUAUUGUUAGGAAAUUCAGUAUUUGAGAUAGUGCAAAGGUAAUAGGCUGUAUUUGUUUUUUCGGUUAAGUUAAUGGUUUUAUGGUUUUGA